UUUCGUUCCGGGGCCUGCGAGGGCCGCGCGGGAGCCGCGCCGGGCGGCGGCUAACCAUGUCUUUAACUUCAUCUACACUUUUAAAUGAAGAAAGCACUCAAGAAGCAAAAAGAAAUACUGAGUGUUUGGAAAGCCUAUUGCAGACUCCAUCAUCAAUUCAAAACAAUCCACUUCAACAACUACAGUUAGCAUCCCAGGAAGUACUGGAAAAGGCAAAAAAGAGUGGGAGAUCAAAAUGCCCCCGAUGCAAUAGUUCAAGGAUGUUUUAUUGUUACACAUGCUUUGUUCCUGUUGAAACUGUCCCUACCAAAGACAUUCCAACUGUGAAGUUACCUCUGAAGAUUGACAUUAUUAAACACCCAAACGAAACCGACGGCAAAAGCACUGCUGUGCAUGCUAAGCUCCUGGCACCUGAUGAUGUUACAAUCUAUAAAUACCCUUGCAUUCCAGAAUAUGACAAGAAGAGACAUGAAAUAGCACUUAUAUUUCCUGGCCCCAAUUCAGUUUCAGUAAAAGAUAUUGCUUUUCAUCUCCAAAAGUACACCAAGAAAGGUGUCUGUUCUAGUGAUGAUGACUGUUCCAGAGAGCCACUUCUUAAACAAGCAAAAAUAGAGCCUGAAGAAGAAAAAAUUCCAAAUGAAUGCAUCUCAAGCAGCAGGAGUGAAGGCACUAGACUGAAGAAAAUAAUAUUUAUUGAUAGUACCUGGAAUCAAACUAACAAGAUAAUAACUGAUGAACGACUUCAAGGGUUACUGCAAAUUGAGUUGAAGACAAGGAAAACUUGCUUUUGGCGUCACCAGAAGGGAAAACCAGAUACAUACCUUUCCACAAUUGAGGCAAUUUAUUAUUUCCUUGUGGACUAUCAUCAGGAAAUUUUGAAAGAGAGCUACAGAGGACAAUAUGAUAAUCUGCUGUUUUUCUUUUCAUUUAUGUAUACAUUGAUUAAAGAUGCAAAGUGUUGUGCAGGAAAAGAGUAAGCUGUCUGUCAGUGUCUGUCAGGAUUUUUUUUUUUGGAAAUAUAUUGUAUUCUAAAUAAUGUCCAGAAGUGAGCUGCAGACCUCCUCCUGCACGCUUGAGGUUGUAGAACUGCUCAGAUGAGCAGUCUGAUUAGAGUGACUUAUUUGAAAAUAGUUAGAUUUUGCUAAAUAUUGCUGUACUUCAACCUACAGGCCUGGUGUGCUUACUGUGAUGAGCACAUUUCCUGAGAUGGGAGUGGAGGACUUGACCCCUCUUGCUGUAAGGAGUGAUCUGUCUUAAGUGUAAGAAGGAAUUAGCAUGCUGGCUUCUCAUUCUCAUUACUAAUACUUAUGUCAGAUGUUUUCUUUGUGGUUUACACAGCAAUACUGAUUUUGCCUUCAUGGCAUCAAAGGCUUACUGAAAUGAGCAGGUGGUGUUUAGUUACUGGGGAGAGUAGCAGCAAUACAGAAUGAAAGAGCACAUUAAUUGAAUAUGAAUUAUAUACUUUCAAGAUUAAAUAUGGAAAAUUCUUCUAGUAAUAAAAAAGUGGUCUCUUUAAACACUGUUAUACAAUGUAUGAUUUCUGUAGUACCAUUCAUGUACUCUUAUAUUAGGAUUAUUCUCAACUCUCUGGGUAAUUUUAGACUUCUUCAAACAAAUUUAGUUACAUGUUCCUUACUAUUAUAUAUUAUCAUUAUUUGGGGGAGCACUAACCUAACAAAUGUCACUAUGGCAUAUUGUAGUCACCGCAUAUAAAAGAUGGUGGUUCCAACCACAACAUUUCUGACAAGGCUUCCUUAAACUAGGCAGGCUGUGAAUCUGCUGUUUUUCCUUUUGCAGUAACAGGGCAGAUUAGAACAGUGUCAGUAAGACUUUGUGCUGAUGGGAGUUUUGUCAUAGGUCUAGUGCUGCUGUCAGAGUCAUCACAUGUGGAUGUAGCCAAGCUGUACCAGCACAGCCAGUGCUGGCCAAACAGAGGUAAUAGACCUGAGCUUUAGAGCAGAGUUAUAGGAAUAUAUUUUAGAUUAUACAUUGAUAAAAGUUAUAUUCCUAAAAUAGAAAAAAUGUUUCAUUACAGGUACAAUAUAAGAUGGAUAAAUAUUUCUGAAUAUUUUUAGAAAUGUGUUAUUUUAGACAAAAUACAUCUUGUCAAAGUGACAGACUGAAAAAUUAUAAUAGAUUAUUUUUAAACAAAGCAUUCAAGUUUUUGUUAUCGCUUGUAGCAUACUCUCUAGGACGGCACUUCACACACCCUGAUGAACAUAGAAAUAAUGUCUUGGAACAUACUUCAAGAAAAUGUUUUUAUACUUAACACAGCAGUCCAUACAGGCUGAAAUGGCUGGUUUGUACUGCAUUUUCAAUGCUUCAAGAUAGUGAAAUCUUACUAUUGCUUCAAACAGAAGAUACAAAGACACUCUCUUACAUCAUAUCAUAUUGGUAUGCUUAUCUACACAAGUGUAUAUAAAAAGGCAUUUCAGUGGACAACAAAAACAUCCCCAUUUGCAGAACAAAAUCCUGGAUAUGUUAUGAAGUUAUGAAAUAUGCAUGAACUAUAAUAGCACCACAGGAAACACAGGCUUGAAGUCAUAAUGAGAAAAAUCAUUUUUAUAUCUACCUAUAUAUUGAGUUUAUGUGCCAAGCAAAGAGAAAAAUCAGCAGUCAUGUCUCAGUGCUAGUGAAACAACACUGCCUACUCAUUUGGUUCUUAUUGCUAUUGAGAGGUUAUUUUGGCUUUUUAAAAUGAUUAUUAUUAUUUCCUUUGGUAUGAAUUUUGAUAGUUUUUUGACAUUUCCAUCACUUCUUGUAUUUCUUAAACAAAGAUUGUUGUAUUUUUUUUUUUAAUCACACAAGUAUAAUGUCUUGAGAAGGAAACUUUCACCCACUUUAAACAAACAAAAAUAAAAUUAACCCACUGACCUAAUGUUUUACAAGAACCAGAGAGAAGAAUCUGGGGGGAGAUGGGUAGUUACUUCCAAGACACAUUUCUCUGAAAACAUGUUUUUUAUUUAAGAAGCAGAGGUCAGAUAAAAGCUUGUAUAAGCUGUUCUUCGUUACUUUUGGAAAAUAGUUUCAUAAGGUGAAAAAUUGUUUCCCAAUUUAAGUUUUGUGUAUCUCACUUUAUUUGAACAAAGGGAAUUAAGCAUCCUUUCCAAAAGAAAAUUAGUUUUAACUCUCAGAUGAAAUUAAUGUACAGAAAGGAUUUUAAAUCUGGCAUACUGUAUCCAGGAAUUGGGCUCAGAUUCUUUUUCUUCCAAUGCAACCUCAGUGUAAUGCAAGAGUCAUUUGUUAUACCAAGGGACAGAGGCACACCUAAUAUCUGUAAUUCGUUACGCUCUGUUGCUAUUCCUCUGAUAACCUUUUAUGGGGGCAGGAAGGAGGUUUUUAUCACUUCUGCUGCAAAUCUGUCCUGUCUGAGCAGCAGAUGUAGUUGCCCAUUCUCUCAUAUAUAUAAAAAUAUUUACAUCCUCUAUUUAAUUUUGAUGUUGGUAUAAGAAGCCAAACCAAGUCAUCUGUCUCACACUGAAAGCAUCUUAGUACAUCUGAUACCUUUCCCCAGCUUUGAGACUAAAGAAAAAUUUUGUUCCACUAAAUGAAAGCAAUCGAGUAGUUAAUCCUUUCAAGUGCAAUUAGCAGCACUGACCUCCCUGUUUUUUAAAUUGAGGGUCAUGGGGAGGUAAAGGCCAGUUCUGGGCCUUUUAUUUCAUAUCAGAAUACCCCUUCACUAUCUCUUCUGUUUCCAAAAACAUCAGAGACCAAGAGAGAAAAACAGGCUUCUGCUUCCAUUAGCAGUAACUUAAACAGCCAUAAGUUAAAGGGGGAGGAAAAGGAAGAGCAUCUCUAUCUCCUCUCACAACGGGAGACAUCUGGCCUCCUGUGGGGAGGCCCCAAAUAACAAAGAACCUGUCAGUGCAAACCUCCACGAUGUGUUCAGAGAACCAUUUUACCUGCAGUCUGGCUCAUUCAUUUCCUGCCACGGAAGCCAUCUGCUUUUGCUUAUUGUGGGUAUUUUUGUUCUUUGUUUGGCCAGGAGCAUGAAGUGGCUUCACUUUAGCAUGCCUGUAAGCUUGGUCAGAGGGAGUAUUUAAUCCUUUUCUCAAAAUGAAUAAGAGAGGGAGCUGCUGCAAAAAACAAUUCCUUUCCUGGAAGGUAGCAGAAAUGUCAUCCAAGCUGAGGUUGAAUAAAGGGUCAUGUCAGUGCAUGGGGUAAAGAUACAUUGAGAUUGAAAAGAGAUGCCAACUUGGAAUCUACAGCACAACCUCCCAAAGCACUUCUAAUCUUACCUGAUUUAAAUCCUUUGCUACUGCUUCUUGGAAUUUUUUAGUCCAUCUGGUUUUUGACAUAGUGUUCUUCAGGCCCAACAGCAGAGUAUUACAAGGAUCUGUUCUUACCUUGCCCUGUAUUUCAGUACUUUGCCUGAAUGCUCUAAAACUCAGCCUGCAUAAAUGAUGGUUAUAGCAUACUUGUACAAAAUGUGAUGCAAUAUGAAAAUCCUUCCUACCUACCCCACCUUCAAAAGUGCCAAAAGAAGAAGGGAGGGAGGGAAACUUCCUAUUAAUUUCUCAUCACAUACUACAAUGCAGUUAAUACACUCCCAAGUGCCAUUAACUUGUGUCUCAGAGUAUUCUGGGACACAACAGUUAAUGAUGAUUGCAGCACAAUUACAACAGGAAAGCUUUCUCACUAAGAUCAAAAUACGUGGCAGUUAAACUCCUGAUCUACUGAUACCAGAAUAUGAGGUCACCUACCAAGGUACUGAAGGACUCAACGUAGUUCCUCAACUGUUACUCCUUUUCUUGAGGGACACCAUUUUAGUAAAAUUCUAAUGCUGUCAUUAAGAAUGUUAAUUGUGACUGAUCAAACUUAGUAAUACCAACAUUUAAAGGAAGUGUUUAUAUGAAAAAUCUACCACAUUCUUCCUGUUUGCUUGUUGGGAAAGGUAACACAUAGCUGCCAUUUUACACAUUCAGAAGAGAAAUGAGAUGCUGUCGAAUUUAGAAAGUAGUAUAUCACAUAAAACUAUUCAUAGUGGUGUGAUUUCUUCACCCCUAUCUGCCAGAAAUAAAUUCAAAUAAUUCUGAAGUUCCAGGGUAAGAGGUGGGAACUAGUUCUCUAAUGCAAAACAGACAGCAGACUGUAUUUUCACCUAAUGGAAAGUGGAAAUUUUUGUCUAACUUUAGCAAUACUGGUGCGGUUGCCACAUGAUUUUACUGCUGACUUCUCAGACCACUGGUGUUGCAACAGGAUGUUUAGAAAAAUACCACAGAAGAUUGAACAGAAGAGAAUGUGCUCCACCAACAUACCCCAGAAUGAGUCCUGCUCCUUCUUUGAUCCUGUACACUGUGCUUCCCUUACUUGUAAAAGUAAUUUCUGCCUCUGAAUAAAGUGUCUUUCUUUGAAACUCUUAUCUCUAUGAAACUGGGCACAUAAGCCAGUUUAACUGGCAUGAAAUCUAAAAGCUUUAGUACAAUUUUUGAAAUUAUUUGCUUUGGAGAUGGAUAUUAAUGAACUGAAGAGAAUCAAACUCCUUUACAUUUAAAAAUCUAUCCUUUUGUCUUUUCUACAGAAGAACAAUACUUGAGGUUCCAGCAAAAGAAGCUUGCUCAAGCUGAAACUCAGCCUUCUUUUAAUUUCCUAAUGUUAAAUAAAAAUUUUGUAUUUCAAGAACACCA